AUGUAUAUGAAAAAAGGGAAAGUGUGGCUUUUCCUUUUUAUAAUAUUCUUGAUAGUUAUUUUAUGUAAUUUUAAGAUUUCUUAUGAAAAAAAUAAUGAAAGGAAUCUUAAUGAAGUAACAAAAAAUGAAAUAGAAUAUAAAGAGUGCAAAAGUUUAGUACCUUUUUAUCUAAAUACCCCAGAAUAUUAUAGCAUAUUACAUGAAAUUAAUAUAUCGAAUGCUUAUUCAAUAAAAUUAAAUACAACAUAUAUAUAUUUUGAAUAUAUAAAUUGUAAGUUUUAUGUGAAUUUAAAAUUGUAUAGCAAACAUGUUGAUAAAAUUGAAUUGUAUGAAUAUGUAAAUAAUAAAGGUAUUUUGUUAUUUUCUGAAAAUAGGGAAGAAAAUUUAAUAAAAUGUAUAUUUUAUGUACAAGAUGAUAAGAAUAAUAAAUAUGGAAAUGAAAACAAGCGUAUAUUUUAUUUUAUUAUAUAUUCAAACAAAAUAGAAACUUUUAGUGAAUGUGUUAAUAUAAGAUUAGAUAUAGGAAUAGGACCAAUUGCUUUGAAAAAUGUAGAAAAAACAAAUUGGGUUGAAAGUAAUUAUAAUGAAGAUAAAAUAAAAAAAGAUAAAAAAAUAGAACAUCAUAAUAGCUAUAUAGUAGUUAAAGAAAAUUAUAGAUAUGCAAUAAAUGAUUAUUUUAAUUUUUCUUUAAAAAGCAAUAAAGAUUUUUAUAUUGAUGAAAAUGGUAAAAAAUAUACAAUCGUAUAUAAUGUUAUAAUUAUUCUCGAAUUUAAUGAAGAAAAUAAUAUAAAAUUCUUUUCACUUUUAUCACAAGGGGAAAAUAAAUGGAAUAAUUUUUCUAUGCAAUUAAAAAAAAUAAAAUUAAAUAAAAACUAUUUGCAUAAUAUGAAUAUAGAAUAUAUAAUAAAACAUGCGAAUAGUGACAUGACUUGUAAUGAUAUGUGUGUAAAAAGUGAAGAAUCGAAAAAUGGGAUAAUAUUUUUAAAUGCUUUACUAAGUAAUAAUUAUGUUUAUAACUUUCAAAUAAGAUAUGCUGAAGAUGAAAAGGAAAAUGAUUACAACAACAAUGAUAUUAAAUAUGGGAAUAGAGAUCGAAAUAACAAAUAUUUGGGUAGAAAUAGUGAGGGAAAAAGUGUAGAGAGUAUAAGGGAAAUGCUUGAUCAAAAUGAUAUAAUUAAUUUUAAUUUUGAAUAUAAUAUAGUUAACAAUAUUGAUAAAUAUACAAUGUUAGAUUAUUUAAAAGCUCAUUUUAAUCAUGAAAAUAUUCAAAAUACAUUUUUUUUUGAUAAAAUAAUUCAAAUAAAAGAUAAUAAUAUAAAUAAAAAUAAUAUAUUGCCAAUAAUUGGAUUUAAUAAAGAAUGUGUAGGGGAAAGUAAAAAGGAAUGUAAUAAAUAUGAGAUAAAUAAUAAUUAUAUAAUUUAUGGAAAUACUAUUGAAAUAAAUGAUAAUUUUAUUUUAAAUUUUGAUCCUAAUAAUUUAUUUAAAGAAGAAACAAAAAUAAGUAUAAUAAUUGAAGAAGAAUCUUUUUUUAAUUUUACACUAGAAUCAAAAUCAGAAAAUAUUUUUGUAAAUUUAUUAAAAAAAAAUUCUAUUGAGAAUGUUUGUAAUACAUACUAUUUAAAUCAUAUGAAAGACUAUAAUUUAUUUAGCUAUUUAACUAAAAAUGAAAAAAUAUGUUUGAAAUAUGAUAAAACUAAUUUUAGUAGACAUAAUAUAAAAAAUAUUUCAAAGAAAAUUAUCAUAUAUAUAAAAUGUAUUAUUUUGAAAGGAGAGUAUGAACUUAAAAUAAAUUUUGAAGAAUAUAAUAAAAAAUUUGAAACAAAUGAUAUUAAUUUAAUAAUUCAACCAUUACGUAUAUACGAAAAUGUUCAUUCAUGUGAUCGUAAAAUGAAUACAAUAACAGAUAUGUUUUAUUAUAACCUUCGAACUGAAAAUAUGGAUAAAAAAAAUGAUAAUAGUGUUAAAUCUUAUAAGAACAUUUAUGAAAAUAUGUGGGAAUUAAAUAAUUCAAUUUUUGAUGAUUUUGAUUUUAUAAUAUUAUAUGAAAAUGAGAUAUUUGAAAAGGUGGAUAAAAUAAUAGUUACUAUAAACAAUUCAAUAUUCUCUGAUAUAUUUAUUAUAAUUUUUGAAACAGUAAAAGAUGAAACUCAUUAUUAUAUAUACAAAAAUUCAAGGGAAGUAACUGAAUAUGAAAUACAAAAUAAACUAAAUAAUAAAUUAAGUAUAUAUGUAUUAACACCAAGUUUGCAUUAUAGUGGUAGAAAAAUAUGUGGUUUUUUUUUUGUUGAUAUCGAUUUUAUACAAAAUGAAAAUAAAAAAGAAUUUAUUGGAGAAAUAACAUCAUUUAAUAAUAUGUAUGAAACAAAUAGAAGUUAUAUUGGAAAGGUUAAUCAUAUUCCAUAUUUAAUUAUAGGUUAUGAUACUUAUUCAUUUAAUCAUUUCUGUUAUAUACCAGAUAAUAAAGAGCAUGUUCUUAUAAUUUUUAUUGAAAAAGAAUCUAUAAUAAAAAUAAAUUGUUUUAUGGAAAAUUAUGUAUAUAUAGAACUAUAUGAAAGAAAACACAUUGGUGGUGAAAUAAAAAAAAUAAAAUUACUUGAAGAAUAUCAACAGGUAUAUAUCGAAUCGUUUACUAAGGGGGAAUAUGAGAUUGUGUUUAAGUUUAAUGUGAAAAAUAAUAGAGAAAUGAGUAAUUUUUUUUAUUUACAAAUAUAUAUAUAUCAAAUAAAUUUGUUGGAUAAAUGUGUUUUUCAUAUUGAAGAUGAUUUUAGCGAAAUAACAGAAGGUUCAAGUUCUAUAUAUGAUUUAAAUAGUGUUUAUAAAAAAAUAAAAAGUAAAAAUAAUAAAAAUAGUAAUAAAGAAAUUGGAUAUUUUAAUGAUAAUAAUGGUUUUAUAUUCGAAAAUGAUUCUUCUUAUUAUUUUUUUAAACGAUAUUUACUUUUUCUUUUUCCAAAAAAAAUUGGUGAAAAAAUUGAAAAAAAAAUAAUAUUACCUGAAAUGAAUAAUAUGAAUAAUUCUGGAUUUGUAUUAAAAGCUGAGUUAGUAUUUCAUAAAAAUUUUUUACCUUACAAAUUAUCUUUAGAAGAAGAUGGGGAAAACAUAUUAACCCAUGAAAGUAAUAUUUAUAAAAAUAAAAUUAUAAUAACCUUUAACAUUUUAAAUAAAAAUGUCAAUUUUGUAAAAUUAUAUAUAUAUUUGUAUGAUAAUGUAAAUGAAACUUUAAUUGAAAAUUAUUGUCCAUAUGCUUAUUUGAAUAUUAUUUAUACACAUGAGUUGGAAAGGUAUAUAGAAACUGAGAGCGAGAAGUAUCAAUAUGACAGUAUGAAUUUGCCCCUUUUUUUGAAUAACAUAUUAUUGAAAAGGUAUAAUUAUUUUGAACAUGCAGAAGUUGGAAAUGUGGAAGUCGAUAAUGUAAAAGCUGAAAAUGGUGAUGAUAAAAAUCGAGAAGUGGUUCUAUUUCAUGAUAAAAAUGAAGGGUCUAUUAACAACCAAAGAAUAGAAUAUAAAUUUAUCACAAGUAAUAAUAAUAUGAUGUUUUUUUUAGCAGAAAAAAAUGCUUUUUUAAAUAUAUAUAUUUAUAAAGAAGGAAAAGAAAAUAUGAUGUUAAAUAUUUAUAAAUAUAAAGAUAUAUCAAAAUUAGAAAAAAGUGAAAUAUUACCACAUGAUGAGAUAAAUAAAGAUAUACAAUCUUGUUGUGAAGAAAUAUUAUCAUAUUCUAAAACUAAUGAUAUAUAUAUAUCAACUUAUUUUGAAAAAGGGUUAUAUAUAUUUAAAUAUUCUGAAAAAUUGCCAUAUAUAAAUAUGAUAUUGAGUAUAAUAUGGGUUGAAACUCCAAAUAUUAAAGGUGUAGUUAUGACUUCAAAUAAAAAUAAUAAAUAUGAAAUUAAUAAAUAUAUUGAAGAAACUGAAUCUAAAUUUUAUUUUAGUAAAGAAUUAGAAUGUGGUGAUAAAAAGGGAAUAUUUUAUGAAGAAAAAAAUUUGAAAAAUUUAGAAAAAUUUGUUAUAGAAAAUAUGUUUGAUAAAAAUAUGUAUACAGUUUAUUAUGGAAAUAAAAAAAAAAAAAUAACAUUUUUAAAUGAAUCAAAGAAUAUAGUAAUAUAUGAAAGAAUACAUAUAUGUUUUGGGAAUGAUAUAUUUAAUCAUCAAGUUAUUAACAAUACAAGCUAUAUUAAAGAAAAGGAAAGUGAAGAAUCUCAUAUUCUUUUGACAUUAAAUGUAGAAAAAGAAUGCCAAGUAUAUAUAGAAGUAAAACCACAUUUUUAUUAUUUUAUAUAUCCAUUUAAAAUAAAUAUAUUAUCAAAAAAUUCAUAUUUUAAAGUGUCGAGUGAAUAUAAAAAAUAUGUAUAUGCAAAUAUUGAACAAGGGGAAUAUAAAAUAGAGAUUUCUUUCAAAAUGGAAAAUGAUGUGAAUAAUAAAAUAAGCAAAAUUCGUGGAACUAUAUUUGAUGUUAUAAUAUUUCUAUAUAAUACACCAAAUGAAGAUAAAUUAAAAAAUGGUGAUUUUUCAGAUAAAGAAAAAAAAGAGAUAGUAUCAUUAAAAAGUGAGACAUCUAAUAUGAAUAAAUCAUAUAUUCGAAGAGUUUAUAAAAAUGUUUUCAAAAAAGUUAAUCUUAAAAAUUUAAGUGAAAAUGGAAUUAUAGUAAAUGAAAAAAUAAUUAGGCAUAAAUCUGAAUAUAACUAUUUUUUUUGUUAUGAUAAAUAUAUCAUUAAAAAUAAUCAAGAAAUAUUUUUUACAUUAAUGGAUAAUGUGUCUUAUAUUUUGAAAGUAUAUUUAGCACCAAUCUAUGAACUAAGCGGAAAUAAUAAUUCGAAAAAUAUAAACAAGGAUUUUGUAAAAUUCGAAGACAGUGACAAGAAUAAUGAAUCUCCAUUUAUUUAUAAUUUUUCUACAAAUUAUUUAGAUUAUACUUUAAACGUUCGAAAUGUAUUUAAUAUUGAAGUUAUUGAGAAUAGUUUGAAUAAUAGUUACAUUCCUGAAAAAGUAAUUAAAGAAAAAAAAUUAAAAAAUAAAAUAAUUGAAAAAAACACAGCAGAAUCAAAUAUAUUAUAUGCAAAUGAGGAUGAUGAAUACAUAUUAAAUGUAUAUGAGGUUAAGAAAAAUUUCAAGUUGGUUAUUAAAAACUACAAUAAUAUAGAUAAUAAUAUUGAAUUAGUUUUAGGCUUAGUUCCUUUAAAAUAUUAUAAAACGAAUAUUAACACAAAAUAUAGCAAUGAAUAUAUUAACAGUUAUUUUAAAGACAUUUUUAAUACGAUAUCUGCUAAAACAAAUUUAUAUAGUAGUAUAAUUUUUGAGAAUAGAGAAAAUUCUACUUACAUAUAUACACGUGUAGAAACUUCAGUGGUAUAUUUAAAAAAUAUUAUUAUAGAAGACACAUUUUCUUUCCCUUUGCAUAUUAAGAAGGGUAGCUACAUCAAGCUAAACAUUGGAUAUGAUUUCUCAAGGGUUAACUUUUAUGUCAAAAUUAUGAGAAAUAAUAAGAAAAUUUCAACUAGUAAUAAAAUUAAAGGAAAUAUGGAUAAUGGAAAAAUAAAUAUUUUUGAAAAUGUUAGUUUGUUUUUAGAAGAAGGAGAGUAUAAAUUUCAAAUAUUUUUUUAUAACUUAAUUGAUAACUAUAUUCAUAUAAAUAAGAAUAUGGGCUUUCCUUUUUACUUUUCAUUUGAAAUUUUUGAUUUUGUUGAAAAUAAAAAUAAUACUUCAGUGCUAUUAGAUGUGUAUCCUCACAGUUCAGUAUAUGUAGACAAAUCUUAUCCCUUUAAUAUUGAUCUUAUUUUUUGGUCUGAGGGAAAAAGAGAGAAACACGCCUUUAUGGAAGAUGAAAUGAAAAAAAUAGUAUAUUUAAGAGUUGAUGAAAUAAUAAAAUCGGGAAAAAUAAAAAUACAAAAAAGUUAUUUAUUACCAGAAGAUAUGAAUAAUCUUAAAAAUAAUAUGAUUUUAAAAUUUGAUUUGAAAGAUAAUGUUGAUAUAAUAAAUGAAAAUAACAAUAAAAAGAAUAAAUAUCUUUUUACUUUUUUAAAUAACGAUGUAAAAGAAAACAUUAAAGAAAAUGAAGUAGCUAUGGAAAUGAGUAAUACAAAACUUAAUAGUCAAGAACAGCUUAAACAAAUUCAUAGUGAAAGUAUAAAUAAAUCAAUUUUACUUGAAUAUAAGAAAGAGGAUUCUGAAAAAAUAGAAGAAAAUGAUAGUUACAUUUCCCAUAAUGUGAAUCAAAACAUGUUUUAUGAUAUAGAUAAAGCUAUCAAGAAUUAUCGUUCUAAAGAAAACGAAAAAUUGAAAGAAGUCACAUCUUCUAUUUUUAAUAAACCAUUUUCAGACCCAGAUAAUAAAUCCUGUAUAUACAUACCUAUAUUUUUAAUAGAAAUAUACUGUUUCGAAAAAAAUAAUUUUUUUUAUUUUAUAUUCAUUUUGUUUAUUUUUUUUAUGACUAGUGCAUUUAUAUUUUUAUUAAUAAAAUUUUACAAAAAUUGGAAAUAUUAUAGAAAUUAUGACAUUUUCAAAGAAUAUGAUGAAACAAUUAGUCUUUUUGAUGAUGAUAUAUAA